UUUGGUUUCUGUUUCUUUGUUCUCUCUGAGAUUGAGAAGCCUCUGCUGGGCGGUGAAAGCAGUGGAAGUAAAGGUCGCCGGAGAGAGCACUAUAAACACUCUGAUGCUAUUGCUUAUCAAAAGGCUGCGGCUCUGGUUGAUCUGGCUGAAGAUGGUACUGGUCUACCGGAGGAAAUUCUUGAUCAAUCAAACUUCCAGAAUGCUGCAAAGUUAUACUUCAUAUUUAUUCGAUUUGAUUUUGUUUUGUCCCUCACUUACUUUGCAUUGAUAGUCCUAAAUUUCUUAGAGAAACCUUUGUGGUGUACAAACUAUUCUACAUAUUCUUGUGACGAUAGGGAGUACUUUUUUCUUGGGGAGUUCCCCUACUUAACUUGUGCAGAGUCUCUCAUUUACAAGGGCAUAACUCUCAUCUUACUCGUGAUACAUACUUUCUUUCAAAUUUCAUACGAAGGGUACCAUCUCUAUUGGAGAAAUCCUCUUAAUUGGUUAAAGUUGACUUGCCUAUUAAUUUUGGUAGCUGAUAUACUGGUUUAUGCUCUCUAUUUGUCACCAGUGGCCUUUGAUUAUCUUCCUCUCAGAAUUGCACCAUAUAUCAGAGUUGUGCUUUUCAUGCUGAACUUUAGUGAACCUCAGGUGAAUGGAUCAGUGUUGUAUCUUCAUCCUAGCUGGAAUGCUUGGCUCAUACUUAAGUGUCUUGGAUCGUGUCCAGAUUGAAGACUUGAAUUGAUUCUCCAAUAUAGAGUCCAAGUGACUUGAAUCCGAGGGGAUGUUCAAGUCAAGAGUCCAGUGCAGCUAGGUUCAGUGGAUCUAGUGAAUGACGCCAUAGCAUAGUGCUUGAGACAGUAUGAUUGAAGCUUAAUGCGACAAUUGUAAUGAUUGGAUCAUGGGUUGUCUACUGUUUAGUAGUCUUUGUUUAUGGCUCGUGUCACCUGUGACACUUGUAUUUAUGAGCCAGUCCUUUGGUAUAUAUUUAAUAACUAUGUUAAGCCUUAAACAUAUAGAGAUUAAUUGGCUCUUUUGUGUAAUUGACAAUUUUAUGAUUAUGAU